AUGAAUAAGGAAGUGUGUAAAAAGUUCCAGGAUGUAAGGACCUCACUUUCCGAUGAAUUGGAAGGUAACGGAAUCCCCGAUUUUAAAGAUGAUAGUUUUUUAAAUAAGUAUUGUAAUAGUGGUAAUUGUAUUAGUGAUUUCGAUAGAAUAAGUGCUGGAUGUUUAUAUUUGUUUGAUGGAUUCUUUGGGAAUUCUUCUGUGUUUGAGUAUAUUGCAAAAAAUAACAUCAAUCUUGUUGAAUAUAUUUUGAUAUGGUUAAGUUAUAUGUUAAACCUGAACAAAAGUGAAAAACACGACAACAUAAAAGAUUUUUAUAAUUAUAAAAUAAAUAGUUAUGAUAAUUAUAAACAGGGAAUAAAUGGUGUUAGUGAUUAUAAGAGUUAUAAGGAUCUCAUAGAUAGAAAAAAAUAUUUAAGUAUGGAUAUUAAUAUUAUAUCUAAAUUUUAUGAUCCAUUUAAAUCAUUAUGUAACUUGUAUACUGAAUUUGAUGAUGACAAUAAAAAUUGCAAAAAAUGUUCGAAUAAAGCUAAAGAAUUUGUUGAAAAAUAUAAAGGACUUAAUGAAGAUUCUGAUAUUAAUGAAAAGAGUCCAUAUGAUCAACUAUUGUCUACAUUAUCAACUGAUUAUGAUAAUUUAAAAAAUAAAUGUAAAGAUGUUCAAAAUAGCAAUUUUCCAGCCCUUACAGAGAUAAAUACAUUACAAGAUGCUGGGCAAACUACUAAACAAACUGGGGGAACUGAACAAACUGGAGGAACUGAACAAACUGGAGGAACUGAACAAACUGUACAAAAGUCUGAUGCUACAUCAUCAAGUUCGUCGAUAGUAAGCAAAUUAAUUCCAGUUUUAUCGAUAUUUGGUGCAAUAUCAAUUUUUUGGGGAAUUUCUUAUAAGUAUUCAUUAUUUGGAUUUCGGAAAAGAACUCAAAAACAUUUAAGAGAAAAGCUAAAAAAAUGA